ACCGUAUCCAUAUCUAUGCACACACAAAAACAUCUAGUCUACUAGCAUCUACCCGGUUUGCUUAAAGAGAAGGUUGCUGGCCUGCAUCUUUCCGCUGCGCCUUGGUCAAACAUGGCUUCCAUGGGCUUCAGCUAUGCGCAGAUACAUGUGCGGCAGGAGAAGGUCAGGCAGAGGAUCAUCAACCAGCAAGAAGCCGCCAACAAGACGGCCGUGAAGAUCAAGAACAUCUGUGAAGAGAAUAAGAUCAGCAACAGCAAGAAAAACUGCGGCUCAUUGACCGCCGCCGGCAGGGUGCAUCUGUGCGCAUCUCCCACGGCGGCGGCGGCGGCGGCUGGGCCGACGCCGGAGAGGUGAGGCUGGCCGGCGAUGAGUUUUCUCUUCAUGCCACAAGAGCCUUGAUUUGAGAGUCUAGUUUGUACUCGUAUUUGUGACUAGUUUAGUUUGUCUCUAAGAUUUCCUCAAGGGAAUAAAGAUGUGUUUUUCCAGAAA